AUGGCGGCGCGGGGGCYGCCGGGAGCGGCAAUGGCGGCGCCGGAGCCGGGGCGCUGCGCUCACUUCGUGCUGAGGAAAAGGCGCUUCUGCAGGAUGAUCCCSGCGCCCGGCAGGCGCUUCUGCGGAGAGCACGGCUACGAGGAGGAACAAAAUGACAGAAAAAGAAUUCCRUGCCCUCUUGAUCCAAAACACACUGUAUAUGAAGACCAACUACAAAAGCAUUUAAAAAAAUGUAACUCAAGAGAGAAACCAAAGCCCGUCUACUUUGUUCAAGAUAUUAAUGCAGGUUUAAGAGAUGCAGCAGAAAUACCAGAAAAACAAGUUCCUCUAUCUUCUCUAUCUACUGAAGAGCUGGACAACUUAAUUAGCAAAUUGAAAAAAGCAAGCAAUGGCCUGAAACUUCAUCUUCAGGAACAAAUACUGUCCCACCAGGCUUUACAAGACGCCUUGAAUGACCCAAAGAAUGGGGAAUCUGCUUUCAAACAUCUGAAACAGCAGGCUUCUAUUUUAGGUAACAUGGAAAAAUUGCAUUUACUUGGUCCAGGAAGAUGCUUUGUUGAGUUUGGAGCUGGGCGAGGAAAACUUUCCCAUUGGGUUGAUAUUGCCCUAGGCAAUGUUGAAAAUGUCCAGUUUUUGCUUGUGGAAAGGGCAACCACAAGAUUCAAGGUGGAUGGAAAACAUAAAAGGAGAGAUUCUGUAUUUGAGAGGCUUCAAGUAGACAUUCAGCACUUAUGUUUAAAUAAGGUACCUGUUUUGGAGAAGAAAAAACUACCCGUGGUAGGAAUUGGGAAGCAUUUGUGUGGUGCUGCAACAGAUCUUGCCUUGAGAUGCUUGAUUGAAAGUUACACCAUUUGCUGUGAUAGAGACCAUGAAGAGCCUGCACCAAAACGCUCCAGGGCUGCUGAGACAGAAGAGGUGGCUCCUCACAAUUCUGCUGGUAAUGAAAGCACCACAGAAGACCAUAAGCCCGUAGCUGGAAUUGUUAUUGCUCUGUGUUGCCAUCACAAGUGUGACUGGACACAUUAUGUAGGCAGAGAGUUCUUUAAAUCAGUAGGACUGGGACCAGUAGAAUUUCAUUAUUUUCAGAGAAUGAGUAGUUGGGCCACYUGUGGCAUGCGAGAAACCACAAGCAAAGCUUCUACAAGUGAAGACAGUGAAGAUCAAACUAGUGACACAGAAGAACAUGAGCAAACACKCAGCAGGACAGAGAGUGGUUCAGAUACUUUACAAGGGAUACUGAGUGUAGAGGAACGAAAGGAGAUCGGUUGCCUCUGUAAACGGCUGAUUGAUCAUGGACGGGUUGAGUAUUUACAACAACAAGGAUACAAGGCUGAACUACAGUAUUACACAGAUUCUGCUGUGUCCUUGGAGAAUGUCCUGUUGACAGCUGUCCCAAGUCCUUCUUUGAUACCAGAGCCAACGAUAUGACAGGAGGUACACUUGGAAUUGGUAGAGAAAAAAACAAACCCUAUAAAACCCAUCAGAGUUUUUAAGAAAACACUAAUUCAUUGCUUACAAAAAAAAAACUUUUUUAGUAUUUUCUGCACCCAGAAAAAGGUCUUAUGUUUUCCAGUUUCACUGGGAAUUACAAAUAUGCAAACCAGUUCUCAUCCAUGGAAAAAUAAAAUCCCUAAGAAUAUUUGAAA